AUGUAAAGAAGAGUUUUUGAACUGGUAAGAGAAACCAAAGACUUCGAGUUUUGAAGUGGUGGUGAUGGAGUUGUUCUUGUUGUUGUUCUUGAAUGUUUCUUCGAACAGCUGAUAGAUGCAAGAACAUUGAAGACCGCCAGUUUUUUACUUUGGAAAUUGGAGGCUUUGUUCGUAAUAAGAGUCUAGUAACGAUGGAGGGCUAAGUCAGUUUGAAAGUUGGUUCAGUGAAAUUGUUUUCAUGGGAAUUGAGCUGAACCAUUUUUGCUUGUGACAUUGACCUUUGAGCAUAAAAGAUGGUGGUUAGGUAGUAUUGAAACUCAAAAGCUUGGUCUUUGUUUGUGGGUAGAGUUGUGUGUCAUUGUUAUGGACAUAACCAGUGGUGAUGAAAUCACCCGGUCUUCAACACAAUCCCAUAAUUGUUACAAAGUUCCGAACCUUAAUGAAGCUAUUUUGGACGCAACCCAGAUCUCAAAUUUGAGUGAUCAGUAUGUUCUUGGAAAGCAGUUAGGAUGGGGUCAAUUUGGUGUCAUUAGAGAAUGCUUAGAUAAGUUUACUGGCGAGGUUUUGGCAUGCAAGUCAAUUGCUAAAGAUAGGUUGGUUACGGUGGAUGAUGUUUGUAGUGUCAAGCUGGAGAUUGAAAUUAUGGCCAGGUUAUCAGGGCACCCUAAUGUUGUGGACCUCAAAGCAGUUUAUGAGGAGAAGGAAUAUGUACAUCUGUUGAUGGAAUUAUGUGCAGGUGGAGAGCUAUUUCACCGACUUGAGAAAUAUGGGAGAUUUCCUGAGAUUCAGGCUAGAGUAAUUUUUAGGCAAUUGAUGCAAGUCGUUAAGUAUUGUCAUGACAAUGGUAUUGUUCAUAGGGAUUUAAAGCCAGAAAACAUUCUCUUGGCCACAACAUCUUCAUCUUCUCCAAUCAAAUUAGCAGACUUUGGUCUUGCAACCUACACAAAAUCUGGCCAGAAUUUGCUCGGGACUGUUGGGAGUCCAUUUUAUAUAGCCCCAGAGGUAUUAGCUGGGGGUUACAAUGAAGCUGCUGAUGUGUGGAGUGCUGGGGUUAUCAUGUACAUUCUUCUUAGUGGGAUGCCUCCCUUCUGGGGAAAGACUAAGUCAAGAAUUUUUGAUGCUGUUAGGGCUGCAGAUCUACGAUUCCCGUCUGAUCCUUGGGAUCACAUCUCUGAAUCUGCCAGGGAUCUGAUCAUGGGCAUGAUUCGAGUAGAUCCUUCCAAGAGGCUCUCGGCGGCAGAGGUUCUUGCCCACUCCUGGAUGGAGGAUUGUGCACAAGGAGCUGAAGGACCAUUCAGGCAGGAUGAUCGGUGUUGUAAAGAGCUGGAAGCGGAUGGAGGUUCUUUUUCUGCCUCAUUUGUCACUAGGAAACAGGACUACAGCUUCAGUGACGGUCAACUGGGACAGUCACCUGCAUUUACUUGUAAAUCAUCAUUUUCUACUUUGGUAGUUGAUGACAGUACUCCUUGCUCUGGAUAUGGAGGAUUUUCCUUUAGCAGCUGCUGUGAAUCGAGCACACCAGACUUCUCAUCUCCAAUUCCAUCAAUGCCAAGCUUCACUUUCUUCAGCCCAAGUUCUGCUGUUGAACAAGGAAAUCUUUCCUUAGGAUUUAGGGUCAACAUGUCAAAACUGGAUGAAGAACAUGGAGAUGCAGAAUCAAACUUGGGAAAGCUAUUUGUGCUACCGGAUUCUACAUUUCCUGUUAAGCGCAAAUCAGGAGAAACAGAAAUUCGGAGGACUGGAAUCUUGGGUUCAAGGGUUUCAGGCAUCCACAAUAAAAGGAAUCACACAAUUGGACUUGGUGAGUUUGAUCAGCUUAAUCUCAUGGUUACUGAAUCAGUGAUACGUUGGGCAUCAUGCACACACAUCCCAACUGCCCCAUCUCUUAGAUUAUCGCUUGUCUGCUAAAAAGUACAAGCCAGAAAGAUCAAUAGACACUGACACUGACAGAAUUGGUGUAUCUGAGAAGCUGAACUCCUGGUGUACAGGGCCUGUAUUGUUUAGUUGAAAAUGGUGUGGUUGAGUUAUGAUGCUUUUCUUAUUUGGAAAAUAUUUUUUAUGAGCAGCAAGCAAUUCUUGUAAUGUGUAACUUUGAGAAAUCCAAGGGUUGUUUUGGUGGUCAAGAAUGUUUGCUUUCAUUGACUUCUUGGAGUCACCCAUCACAUAUUUGUGGUUUAUUGUAAAACAUUGGGUUUGUAGGCAUGCAUAAGUUGGUCCGAACAUCCUAAUCAUUAAAAAAAAAAAAAAAGUGUAACUUUGAGGCUAGUAAUAGUAUAACUGAACUGAUUGAGAGUGUUCAAUCUCUAAUUUUUUUCAUAAUGAAAAUAGCAGAGAAUGCCAUUUCCAUUUGUCACAUCUUGUUUGGAUAACUUUUCUAUCUCUUAGAAAAAUGUAAUUUGCUAUGUCAGAUCAACUGUAAAAAUAUCAUCAAAUAAAAUUAAUAUUAAUAUUUAACUCCGUCAAUAAAAGAUAUUUUCAGCUAAUUAAACACCAAAACAUGCAGCAAUUAUAGAGAAGAAUAUUUCACG